UACCACCAGGACUGCAUUCAUAUACGUUAGUUUUGACACAAGAUGACCCCAUUCCUAAGAAAAGAAAAUUAAAAAAGGUUAAGAUGCCAAAAAUUGAAUCAGUCGUACAAAUAAGGAUAGAAUUUAAUUAUUUACCAGGUUGGCCACCACAAUAUUGA